ACUUCCUAUGGGACGAAAAAGGCUAAAGCUUUAGUGAGGAAGCUUUAGUUCACGUCAGAGCGAAGAGCCAAACGAGAAUACACACACACACACACACUCACACACACACACACGCACACACUGAGGUGGAACAUCCAAACUCCUGAAGCCUUGUUUUCUGUCUGUUGUCAUCUCGCACGGAUUUACUUUCUCACCACGGAUUCAAAGGCGCUGAGCGUAUUUUCCUUCCUGCCCUUGCAUUUCUUUAAACGAGAAAUGGAAGAGAGCUCGAGUUCCCCCGUGUCUCCGGUGGACAGUCUGGGGACCAGCGAGGAGGAGCUGGAGCGCCAGCAGCAGCAGCACAGGCGCUUCGCACGGAAGAGGAGACCGAGUAAAAAGUCGAGUGAGGAGGACAGUUCUGGAGGAAGUCCCGGCUCGGCUAAACGGAGCAAGAAGGCGAGUCCGAGCCGAGCGCAGUCCUACGAGGAACUGCAGAAUCAGCGCGUCCUGGCCAACGUGCGUGAGCGCCAGAGGACUCAGUCUCUGAACGAGGCGUUCGCGUCUCUGCGCAAAAUCAUCCCGACCCUGCCAUCCGACAAGCUGAGCAAGAUCCAGACGCUCAAACUGGCGUCCCGUUACAUCGACUUCCUCUAUCAGGUGCUGCAGAGCGACGAGAUGGACAGCAAGAUGUCCAGCUGCAGUUACGUCGCGCACGAGAGACUCAGUUACGCGUUCUCGGUGUGGCGCAUGGAAGGCGCCUGGUCCAUGUCCGCCUCGCACUAGCCACGGCCAACACAGCGGGACACCAACGGGACACCAAUGCCACAUGGACUGUUUACUUCCACUAUUUCUGAAGACACCAAAGGAUUUAUUGAAGAAUCCGUGAAGCUUCAUGCCAUGGCCAAAGACACGAUCUGAGCUACGUAAAAUAGACUCAAAGUGCUAAUGAAGCCCAGAGUCAGGGAAAGCUCCACUUCACCUCUUCGGAGAGGGAGAAAAGCAGAGCAGAACUGAUAUUUAAUCAUUUUCACAGCUUAGCCUUAAAUAUCCUUAUGGUGAUAGUAAAGGAAAGCCAUCUUCUGCCUUUAAUGAAACUAUAUUUCCCACUUGAAAUAGAAGAGUUUAUAUAUAGAGAUGUAUAUGAUUUUUUUUUUUUGGUAAAGUAUUGUACAUAAUGCUACCUGUGAGUUUGGUCAGCUUUUACGGGGACCAACAUGAUUUAAAGCGAUAGUUUCCUGCAUGGAUUACUGCCUUUUUUUUUUUACAUUCAAAACAAUUCAAAAAAUGUUUGUUCUAUGCAAGAAUUUCAAUUUCUGUCCAUUAAAUUGUGCUUAUUUAUUAAAACAUAUUUUUGGAACAACUAGGUUGAUCUGUGGAUUAUGUAACAUGGAUCAAAGAUGUUUUUUCCCCCUUGAUAUUGUUUUUGUCCAUGUUAAAGAGAAAGACCGAUUUCUUAUGCUCAAUAACAAACUGACAGCCAGUGAGCACACAUUCCUGAUCUCUGCUUUAAAGCAAAAGUAUUUUUUGAAACGAGAAAUAUGAGCCAGCGUUAAAGCUUUAUCCACCUUAAUAGCCCCAUAUCAUUUAAACUGCUUGAGCAGGAGACCAAAUUUCUUUGUUAACGACCAAAAGGAGCUGAUGUAAAGAGCAGCUUUAUUCUCCUUCAGCACUGUAUAAAUGGAAAGCUGCCACACUUGCAAAGCAUGAAAUUGUUUACAGCUCAUUUUGCUCAGAUAAAGAUCUGCAGAAUAAAACAGAGCGAUGUGCCA